AUGUGCCCCUCUCUGUUCGCCUACACCAAAUGGGCAGUACUUGUGCAUUUGGUGACGCUCUGUGUUACUCUCACCUGGCGUUUUUGUCAUUUCUUUUUUUCUCCUUUUCCAUUCAACUAUGGAACAUGCCGCCUUCGGGUUCGUUUUAUUAAAGUGCAGCACACUUUCGCCCGCAGGAACAAGCGGGAUUUUAUUAUGCGCAGCCUCCGCUCAAUUUGCGCUUCGGAGCCCCGGUGCUCGCGCUUUAAUACUCAUAGUUUUCGGUUGAGAGCGGCGGGCACGUCUCCGGGGGCGGGAGUCUCCGCGUCUCGAACCACCGACUGCGUUACUGCCCUAUUCGACGUGGGCGUGGGAUCUGUGGAGGAGAUAUUUUCAUUGCCUGCACCUCAAUUGCAGAAAAAUUGUGGGGAUGUAGUGGGGUCUGUGUUCCGGAAGGAACUGAAAAACGCGAGAGUUGGUAAUCAAGACUUUAGCGAAGUACUGUGGAUGGCAACGACACGCGGGGAAUUGCUUUCGGAUAUCAGGAAGCUUUUUCGCCACGCCGGAGUCGAGGAAGCAUAUGCAGAUCCCAACGUAACUACUCACCCCUCAGGAGUGCCGAUUGGUAUCAGGGACGAGCAUAAUGGUUGGUAUUCCCAACAGCCACAUUAUUCCCCUCCAGUUUUUCCUUCUACGGCAGCAGUAUCUCCUCGCAGUCCAUGGGCAGCAGGAAUGGAUGUGUUUAGUUACGCUUUUGCGUAUGGUUUUUGGCAGCAGCGGCGGGAGUCGCUUCAGCUGGCGCACCAUCAGAUGCAGAAACUUUCUUCCGAUAUUCAAUAUGUCAAAGAAGCUUUGGAUGGGGACCACCGAAAUAGACUGAGGUUAAGCUUGAGGCUGUGGUGCAUGUUUUUAUUCCCUUUCUCCUUGUUGGUUCUCCUCCUUCUAUCCACAGAUCAAAUUCUCUACGUUGCAGAACUGAAACGAGUUGGUUUGUGUGAUUAUGAUGCGUGGCAGAGGCGCUACCCCAGAGGCCGUUAA